CGAGACUGCCAUGCUCAGGCGGUGCUACUGAAACUACCAAUCGUUGUUAGUACAGCUCACUGGGUCCAUGUUUGUGUAGUUUUCCUCGUUUUUUUGAAACGUGCAGGAUAGGUUUGUAAAGCGGGGGUUCCCGGGUCUCUAAUACAGCGAACUCUGCCCCAGAGAAUCUUAGGGAGGAUGGUCCCAUGACCAGUCUUGACCCUGACGCGUGACGUCUCUCCUUGUUGCCCAUUUUUGCGGGUGUCUCCUGGCAGAGUACCCCCGAUCAGUGUCCAUAGAAGGACGCAGAAGUAGCCUCAGGUGGUGUAGCCAAAGCUGAGCAAGAUGUUAUGUCUGUUAUCAAGAAGGUGGUGCAUGGCAGCAAAGAUAGCGGCAGGGAAUUGGCAUAGGUUGUUGAAGGGUGGUGGCAUCGCUGGGCAAAAGUCAUAUGGGAGCUGCCAGCAGGUUCGCUUGUUUGUGACCAGCUCUUGUAGUUGCAGCAGGCAUCCAACGGAGCCUGAAGCAAGCAUGCAGAAGAGCAAGAAAUCUCUCAAAGAGUGGACCCUGAUUGUCAGCCCCUUUGGCCUACUGAAGGUGCGGCUCCCUUGCCACGUCUCUGUGUGUCCCCUGGACCCGCACAAGUACCCUGAUGCUGACAGGGUAUUUGUUGCAGUGCGUGGGAUGAACACCAAGCCUGCUCAGGGGGCAGAUUUGGAUAAUUUGCAUGUGAAAUAUGACGAGGUGCUAAAGAAGAUUACGAUAAUCUCAGAUGACAUCAGCAGUGCAGCCUCUGUGGAUGUGAGGACCCCUGUGAAAUUUGACUUGGAUAUCAAGACAUCAGGGAAUGGCUGUGUGAAGAUUGAGAAAAUCGAAUGUGAUAGCUGCAGAAUAGAAACUGAGAAGGGAACUAGCAUCUUGCAGUCAGUCAAGGGUCAAAAAAUUGACAUUCAAGCUAAAGGAGGGAAAGUUAUCUGCCUAGGAACUCUUCAGGGAAAUGCUGAUAUUCAUGUGUCACAAGAAAGUAGUGUGAAUAUAGAAAAGCUACAAGGGUCAUCCAUUAACAUUUCUACCAAAAAUGGUUUAUUAAAAGCCAAAUAUCUUUAUGCAGAAUCUUCGUUUCUUUCUUCAGCAGCUGGUGACAUUCUACUGGGGAAUGUUCAUGGAGAUACAACUCUUCAUACAAAAACAGGAGACAUCACAGUAGAUUCCUCAGAAGGAUUCCUAAAAGCUUCUACAUAUCAAGGGGAGAUAGAUGUUUACAUUAUCAAUCCAAAGGGGGAAGUGGAUCUGAAAUCUCAGGAAGGCUCUGUUACUGUUAAGGUGCCUGCUACUCUUAAAGCGUAUCUGCAGUUAUCUGGAAGCAAGGUUGAGGUGAGCCCAGAGAUCCAGUUGCAGAGUGCCCAGAAUGCAUCCAGGGAGGGUCAUAUAACAGUUACAGGCCAUAUGAAUGAAAAGGAUGAAAAAGGAAAACAUAUUAAAGCAGAGACAGAAAAUGGCACAGUUCAUCUCAAAAGUCAAACCUGGUUUCAGUCUGUGAAAUUGAAGGCUUCAUGAUGGUGUGAAACCCAAUCUCAGAAGUCUGUUUGCUUACCAGGGCUUCCCCUUUUUCUCCUUCCUUGUGCACCCCUCCAAAAAACUUGCAUUGGAGAGUCCCCCAGUCACUCAUCUGGAGCAGAUUUUUGAGGCACACAAGCAUGUGUGGAGGAGAUAGUCUGUUCCAGUCAUGCAUGGACAGUAUUGUAUGCAACCCUCUAUUAUUCAUUCAUUUAACAUGUUAAUAACUCAUUUUGUAGCCCCAAGAGACUCUCAAAGUAGCUUACAAAAGAUUUGUACAAUACAAUCACAUCAAUUGUAGUAUCAGGAACAGUAAAGAAUGACUAUCAUUUCAAAGUUGCAGAGCAUAGUGUGAAGGCACAUGAUGCAACUAAGCAGGUCUGCCCUUAAUAUAGUCAGUGCCUGGAUGGGAAACGCUGCAUACAGCAUGUCAUCUUGAGUUCCAUUAUUGAAGAAAGGCAGAAUACAUAUGUAAUAAGUAAGAAAAAAGAAUAUUAUUUGGGGGAGGGAAGUGUGUUUCACUUGUACUUUAUAGAUAGUGGGUGGGAAAAACUGGUUGUCAUACAAAUGACUAUUUCAAUGCAAGACGCACCUUAUUUAACUGCAUGCGUAAGUGUUGUGGUGUAUCUAGAAACACAUUUUGUCUUGUUAAGGCCUAAUUCUUUGGAUUCAGUGACAUCUGGGAAAUUCUGACCAUACUAAGGGAAAGAAUGCUGUAAUAAUGUUUUAACAAGAAAGACAUCAACUUAAUUUUCUUAAACAUACAUAGCAGACAAAUAUACACACCAUUGUAUACACAAAUCAUGUUAACUGCUGGUAGACAAAAACAAGUUAUUUGUUGGCUGAUAUCUGAAAAAAGAAUUGAACAAAGGUAUAACAUUUCAUUGAGUAUUCUGUAAUUAGGAAAGAAGGAAACAUUGUACAAUAUGACUUGUAGUAGCUAUCAAACUAAGAACAACCGGUAAGAUAAUGUACCAUUGUCUUCUUAAAACAAAACAAAAAUGAUUUUCCAUUUUUAGUCUUUAUCCUUAAGGAAAUUAAACAUAUUAUGUGGUAUUUAGUUUUCUGCUGGAGGGUCUACUGUGGAAGGCCUACUAGAUUCCACACUUUUUUCUGGUGGAGGGUCUACUGUGGAAGGCAUGCUGGAUUCCAUGCUUUUUUCUCCUGGAGAUUGUACAAUGCUAUGCCGAGUUUUUUUCUGUUUCUUCAGAGUGAGUGACUCACUAUUAGUAUCAUAACCAAACCACGGAGGAGGUUCAUCAUCAUUGUAUUCAUAUUUCUGGAGCCUUGAGGCAAAUUUUAAAGCUGCUUGUCUGAAAUUAAAAAAUAAAAACUCAUAAGAAAUGCUACUAAUGCAUAAGCCGAUCCUAUGAAGGGGAUCUCUUGUAUGAAAUACAAGCACUAUAGCAAAUACAUGGAAAAGCCUAAAACUAGCUGUCUGUCUCCAGUCUGUCUGAGGUUCUGACCCACACUCACUGCUGUACUAUCAAUGUAAUUGUACAUAAUGACUCUUAUUUUUGAAAAAUGGUAUAACUUCUGAGUGCAAAACUUAACUUUGGUAUUGAUUGCAUGAAUGCAAUAUAACAUAUAUUAAUAUUUGUUAACCGCUUCCCAGGCAGUAUGCCUCUCAAAGCAUACAGUCAAAUGAAAGUGCAAUACAAAUUUACCCUGAAAGACAAAACUGAAAUUAAGUGGAGUGAGCGUAUCUAAUUCUGUUCUUCAGAACAUUAUGGCCAAGUCAAGGAACAGAUCUUAGCUACCACAUUCCCUUCCUUGUGCUCAGUUCCCCGAUUUAGUGGUUGUAAUUUCUGACUGUCUUUCUAGUUCAUGGUCUGUGAUAUCACCAGUCUCUUGUUAUUUCUGAAACACCAGUAGAUAUGUAUCUGAUCUAGCUGAUAUUUCCUUCAGAAAUAAAACAUAAACUGGAUCCAUUCCCACUUAAGAAUUUCCAUACAUUUAAGUCUGGAAAUGAAGUAGAAACAAUAAUCUAUGUCUCAGGGAAAUUUUAAAGAUUU